CAGCUGCUAGCUCCUGGAGAGCGACUUCCAGUUCUCUUAGGGCCCACAGAGUGCCGGCCUACAGCCUGUCCACCCUGUCGCCAGCUUCGCGUAGCCCGCAGACAUGGCCGACCCCCAGUCGGCAGGGGGUUCUGCCAGUCUCUCUCAGUCCACUUCGGCGCCGACCUCUUCUGUAUCUUUGACCACGGCUGCCUCCUCGUCCUCUGCUUCUAGCCAGCCGAUCUCGCUCGCGACCUGCACAACUACGGUAACGGUAUAUCCGUCCUCUACUAGUACUAGCGACCCCAGGGUCAGCAUCGUAGGCAGCCCAUCCUCCAGCAGUCUGCAGACCCAGCCGUCCUCGACGACGUCCGUCGUGACAUCUGCCACAGCGAGCUCGUCCCCUGAUGCCAGCAUCUCCGUAGACCCAUCCUCUUCGACCGCCAGUGCUUCACAAAACGACCCGAGUGUAUCUCCUUCUUCCGUGUUCUCCUCUGCGUCGAGCGAUCCCGCUGGCGCUUCCUCCGCGUCGUCUGCUGCCUCUGCUGACUCUGUCGCUGCAACUCCUGCUACGACGUCUGUCGCGUCUUCAUCUGUCUCACCUGCGCCUACUCCCUUCAUUGGUGCACCGCCAUCGUCUUCCUCCCCAAACGCAGACUUGCAGACUGUGGCUGCAGACUCCUCCGAUGCAGCAGCUCCCACAAGCGAUGAUGGCUCUGGAGCGAUCGCGACUUCCAUCGGUGUGGAUCCUUCGUCAACGCUCACGCCAAUCUCGCUGGGCACCAUUUCCGCUACCGCUGGAGUAGGAAGCAGCACAUCACCCUCCUCGCCGUCACCGAGCUCCUCGCUCGGAGCCAGCAACAACACAAAUUCGAGCAAUGGCAAGGUGAACUCCGCAGGAGCGCAAAGCCAAAGCGCCGCCUCCAAACGCGCCGUAGUCGCCGGCGCGGCGGUCGGCGGCACGCUCGGCGCCCUGCUCCUCCUCGUUGCCAUCAUCUUCUUCAUGCGGCGCCGCGCCCAGCGCACCCGCACCUCCGCCUCGCGGCCUUUGCGGAAGUACUUCAGCGCGCGGGGGAGCGUGCUAGGGUACGGGCCCGACCCGUUCGACCGGAACACGGGCAUCGAGUCCGUGCGCACCGUCGCGGACGCGUUCCGCGGGCCGGGCAUGAUCCAGCACAUGAGCCCCGCGCCGAGCAUCCACUCCCCGCGCACGAUCAUCCAGAACAUGAGCCGCCCGCCGGAGCUCCCGCCCGUCGACCUGGGCGCGGGCGCGGGCGCGGGCGGGGAGGCUGAGGCGGGGUUCAUGGGCAUGGGCGAGGCGACGCCGCGCUCGUGGAUGACGUUCCAGCAGCGCGGCUCGCCCCUGCGGAACAGCAUGCCGGACGCGGACCCCGAUGGGAUGGGCGCGUCGUUGCCGUCGAUCGCCGUCCCGCUCGUGUCGCCCACCGCGAGCGACGCCUACCCGCUGUUUAGCCCGCCCGCGGCGCCCUCGCUCGGCCAGACGAACUUCAACUCGACGCGCUCGUCCAAGGCGUCGUCGAGCAUGUACUCGUACUCGGGCAGCGGGAAUAGCCCGCCGCGGAGGAGGAGCCUCGCGGACUCUGUCGACCCCUUCCGCGACUCCGUGGCGAUGAACGGGGGAGGCGGCGGGUAUGCCGGCGGGCGCGGACAGUACCUCGGGGACAACGUCGAUCCGUUCAUGGACGCUGCGGCGCCGCCGGUUACGCAGUCUGGGCCGUACUCCCCGCCGGGGCGCGCGUUAUAGUGACGCUCGACCCUGGGAUACACAGCAUUGACACCCAGGGUCUCGCGGGAGGGCGGUGAUGCAGUGGCGGCCCGUAAGCAAGUAGAUGAAUCUGAUCUGAUCGACGACGAAGUGUUCCCUUCCCUGCCCCCUUACUCACAUUCUGUCCCACCGACUUCAGGUCACACCGUCAACGCGCUCGCUCGACGCGAGUGGCGUCAGGACGUGCGGUCUCCGCGAGGCUUGCCGUCCCCAGCUUCCCUCUUAAACCGAAUCCCUCAUGGACCUUUCGCCUUUCGCAGAUGUAUUCUUAAAUUAUCCUCGCCCUUUUAGAGC